GUGUAUUUCAGCGAAUUUUUGUUCAAAACUUAAAAGACGCUUCAAUCGGGAGUUAGAUGUCACACUGAGUUGGCAGCAUCAACAACCCAAUAAGUUUGUGUUCAUAAAGAAAGUGCGAAAGUGCUAAGUGAGUUAUACAGCCACAGCGACUCAAGAAAAUAUUGGAGGACACAGUUUAAAGGAUUAAACAAAUUACACGAGAUAACUGUAUAUUGUGAAAAAAUGCGGGAUUUUGUGCAGAAAAUGCUAACCUUCAUCGUACUCAUGCUUAUCUCAGUGCUCACGAUUCAAGCCAGCCCACUCUACUACAAAUUUGGCAAAUACGGCAGAUACAAUAUCGACCCAUUGAUCGCGUCCGCGUCGGCCGAGGUGCCGAUGGUGCAGAGCAACAACUUCGACAUGAUUAUGGCCGAUGACAAAUUUCCCAUGGAAUCUAUACAGUAUCAGAACUUCGCCAGUUUCCACGAACCAAAAAUGGCAGCCGGCUCCGAUUUCAGUAUGGACGAAACACAGUUCUUGCCCAAGAAUACUCCGCUGCGUGCACCGCAAGCCGUAUCGAAGCAGGAACGUGAAAUACGUCAGCGCAUUGAAGUGGCCGAUCCCAAGCUGGAGAGAAGAAAGAUGCUGAAAUUGAAAAAAGGCUCCUCUGUGCCUCGUGGCGCCGACGCCUAUGCAUGGGAUCAGUUUGAUUACGAUCUCUAUAGCGUGAACCCGGCAAAUCAAAAGAAAUUCUAACUGACGAAUUCCAUCUUCCGAUGUUUUUGUUUAAUAUUUAUUUAUUUCCUUGUGAUAUUUUCUGUUAGACAUUUAAUAAAAUAAGUUAUUUAUUGUAAAAAAAUAAA